GAAAAAUGUCAAAGGCAGCAGCUGUUAGUGCAAAAAAAGUUUCGCUGGGAAAAUAGCAAAUUGCGUGACAAUUUGCGUGAAAAAUUAGUGAAAAGUGCUCAAGAUGACUUGGUGCACGGUGUCUGUGUAUAAAUGGGUGUAUUCCGCAGUGCUGUUGGGGGAUUUAGUGAAAUUGUGUGCAGGAGGAGCUGCUGAUAUUGCCCUGGAUGCCAAAGCUACCCUCACCCACCGAAUUGAUAGUCUAAAUCUCCUCCUGUACACCCUCCUGCUCACCCUCACUGUCCUCACCAUCUGGCUGUUCAAGCACCGCCGAGUAGCCUGGCUGCAUGAGACAGGACUCGCUGUGAUCUACGGCCUGAUUGUUGGCGCAAUUAUUCGGUAUGCCAGCACAACGACAUCCCUGGUCCACUUGAGUGUGGAUCCGGAAGUCAAUUCCAUGUACAAUCAGAGCCUGCCACCAGAUACGCUCUGGCUCAAGUUUCCAGGGAAGCUCAAUCACACCAAUCCCGAUGCCAAGAAUCUCCCCAACAAAACCUAUGCCUACAGCUUCAGAGGAGCUGUCCAGGUGGAGGAAAAUGAGAUUGAUCUCAAGGCUACCUUUGACCCUGAGAUCUUUUUCAACAUCAUCCUCCCCCCGAUUAUUUUCCACGCUGGAUACAGCCUCAAGAGAAAAUACUUCUUCAGAAACUUGGGAGCAAUCCUCACAUUUGCCAUCAUCGGAACAACACUGUCAGCCUUCCUGAUCGGAGCCCUGAUGUACGGAUGCGUCCAGGUGAUGCCCGAGAGGCUCAGGGGAAGCUUUGGCUUCCUCGACACUCUCUACUUUGGCGCUCUCAUCUCUCCCACUGAUCCCCUGACCAUCCUGGCCAUUUUCCACGACAUGCACGUCGAUGUCAAUCUCUAUGCCCUGGUCUUCGGGGAGAGUGUCCUCAAUGAUGCAGUUGCCAUCGUCCUCAGUGGUGCAAUCCAGAAUUACGGUGAACAAUAUUCAAGUACUGGGGGCUUCGAGACAGACGCCUUCUUCAGAUCUCUAGGAGACUUCUUCAGCAUCUUCAUGCUGUCUCUGUUGAUUGGAGCUUCAAUGGGAUGCUUUACGGCAUUGUUGACCAAAUUCACUCGAGUCCGGGAUUUUCCGCUCCUGGAAUCAGCUCUCUUUGUCUUGAUGUCCUACAGCACAUUCCUGAUAGCCGAGGCCACAGAGUUGACGGGAGUUGUGGCUGUUCUCUUCUGUGGAAUUUGUCAAGCUCACUAUACCUACAACAAUUUGUCUGAAGAUUCAAGAACGAGGACAAAGCAAAUCUUUGAGUUACUUAAUUUUCUAGCUGAGAAUUUUAUUUUCUCAUACAUUGGAGUCUCCAUGUUCACAUUUCCGAAGCAUCAUUUUGAUCCGUGGUUCAUCUUGAGUGGAUUUAUUUGUGCAGCAAUCGGUAGAGCUGUGAAUAUCUAUCCGCUGUCUUUUCUGCUGAAUCUGGGCAGAAAGCCCAAAAUUGCCAUGAAUUUCCAGCAUAUGCUGUUUUUUGCUGGCCUUCGCGGAGCAAUGUCUUUUGCUCUGGCCAUCAGAAAUACCGUGUCUGAUGCAAGGCAAGCCAUGCUGACCACGACAUCUCUAAUUGUUAUUGUUACGGUGAUUGUGCAAGGUGGAGCCUCUAACUUUCUGCUCACUUGGCUCAAGAUCCCAUUUGGAAUUGAUGACGAGACAGAAGCACUCAACCAUCAAGGAGUUAGAAGCGUCUAUAAUUCAAUGGAAAAUACAACUGGGUCUAUCGAUACGGGAUUAAAUUUGAGCCAACUUCAAGUGUCGGGUAGAAGACGAAGCUCAUUGGAGAUCGAAGGUGCAGAAGCCGAUGGGACUGGAGGAGCUGGUCAAAGUUCUGGUGAUCCGAAGAAGAGUCAUGAUAAGGCAUUUUUGGCAAGAAUAUGGGGCAAUUUCGAUACAAGGUACAUGAAGCCACUACUAACACAUUCAAGACCAACUCUGCUGGAGACUCUUCCCGUCUGCUGUGGACCCUUGGCCAGACUCCUGACCACAACAGAACAAUUGACUCAGAAUGGCGUAGCUAGACGCACAGAUUCUGACUCUGAUCUGUGCAUCGAGGAGGAUUCAAAUUAUCGGGGUGCGGGCGGAAGUGAGGCGCAGGGAAGAAGAAAUUCAAUAAGUCGUGUAAGUAUUCGGCUGGUAUCUGAUGAGAGAAACACUUUUCUUGCCAGUUACAAGACAAGAGAUUGAGACAAAGUGGUGGAUUUGCAAUGGCUGGAGGCUAAUCCGAUGCAUCCCAUUAACCAUCUACAUCUGUAGAUUUUAGUGAUUCGCCAAAAAAAAAGAUGGAACAUGUUAAUUCCUGUAUUAAUCCUCAAUUAAUUUAUUUGUUUUUUUCUUUUUUCUUACUAUUUUGCAUGCCUGCGACUUUUUCCACCAUGGAAGAAUCCUAAUCAGACUAUCAAUGAAUUUCACUUCUUUAUGUGAGAGAAAAAAAGAGAUGAAUUAAUUAAUUAAUUAUUUUCUGCUGAAUGCAAAUUCUUCAAUUUAACUAUUGACACCAUUAACACUGUGUUAUAGCUAAUUUCUAUUACUCUCAAAUGUGCAACAAGGGGACCAGUAUUUUGGUUUUUUGGUGAUGUUUUUAAUGCCAUUUUUUUUGUUACUUCAAAAGUAUUUUUUUUUUUUAGUUUAAGAUUUUAUUUAAUUGGUUGCAUUUGAUAUAUUUUUCUAGAUACAUCGACAACAUCUCUCAGCAGCUUAAAUGUUGUUCAUUUUUUUCUUGUUUUGCGGUUUAUUUCUUCUUUUGUUUAUAAUUUUAUUUAAUUCUUUGUUGGAAGAUGACAAUUCCUACGGAAAAGAUGUGUUAUGUAAUUUUUAAGAUGGAUUUUAUUUAUUAAAAAGUAGAUCCUUUAGAAUCGAUUCACACUAGUCAGAUGUGGUUUGUGAGGGAAUUUUUAUUUACACAUUUGGGGGUUUAGUUUUAUUUAAGAAUUAAAAAAAAUAAAUAAAUAAAAAGAUGAUUAAAAGAAAAAAAAGAAGAGUAUAAAUAUUGAGAAUAACCAUAUUCCAGUUUGUAUUGAUAUAAAAGUAAGAAAAAAAAUUGGUGUGCAAAAUCCAGUUUAAUUUAUUUAUUAAAAAAAAAGAUAAAUUAAAAAAAUGCUUUACUUAGCCCAGAUGGAAUAAGAAAAAUAAGAAAUGAAAAAUGAAUAUGAUUGAGAUCAUGAGUCAAAGAGACAGAAAAUCAAAUGUGAUAAAGUAUAAGAAAUUUCGUGAAUUUUAGCAUGAUUUUAUUACACGUACAAGUUAAAAAAAAUACAAGAAUUUCGACAAUAUCUUUGUUUUCUUAAGACGAUGACAAAAUAUGCAAGAAAAAUUGGUAGAUUAUUCGGCAACAUAUUUUUUUUUUUUUUAGUAAAGACAACAACCGUAAUAAUCAAGACACAUAACCACUUUUUUUUAGCUUUCAUAUUGAAUUAGACAGUAAAAAAAGAAAAACGUCUAUGCCGAAUACAAGCCAUAUUUUUUUGUUUUCAAAUAACAAGAUUUUAUUAAAAAAAAAAUAACGAAAGUUACCUAGAAAAUACAAAGAUUUGAAAUAAAGAAAUACCUUUAAUUUGAGGCUGUAUCACUUUUAAGUUUAGUUUGUAUAAAUUACAAUAAAAAUAGAUAGAGUUGCUAAAUAUCAACAUGUAGCUAUUUAAUGUAAAAUUUCCAAUUUUCAAUAAAAGAAUCCUUGAGAGUU